GCUACGGAAUGUCUCGCACGUGUCUCUGUGUCCUGUGCGGUUUACCGGCUGCGGGAAAAUCCCGCCUCGCCGAGGUGCUGCGGGGUCAAGCGCGGAGCCGCGGGUGGGAGACGCUGCUGGUGACGUAUGACGAGUUGAUACCGGCGCGCGACUGGCGUGAGGACGAGUGGAAGCAGCAGAGGAAGACGGUCCUGACCUGUCUGGAGAGAUUCCUGCAUCAGACACACACACACACUGAUGUCACACACACUGAUGUCACACACUCUGAUGUCACACACACACACACUGUUAAUGACAGGUGGUGGAUGCAGCUGCAGCGGAGCCGCUGUCACACAAACACACAGCCUCUCCUCGUGCUGCUGGACGAUAACUUCUAUUAUCAGAGCAUGAGACACCAGAUCUUCCAGCUCGCCAGAACGUACUCCAUGGGCUUCUGUCAGGUGUGGGUUCGGUGUCCGCUUGACAUUUGUCUCCGGAGGAACCAGUGCAGACCUCUGCGUGUCCCUGAUGAAGUGAUGCUGCAGAUGUCCGAGCGAAUGGAACCUCCGAACGAGAGCAGAAACUCUUGGGAGCAGCAGAGCCUGACGGUGGACAGCACAAAGAGCAUUACAGAUGAAGACGUGCAGAAGCUGAUGGAUUUGUUGCGGUCUGCCAUGGAAAACCCUUUGAGGCCCGUCCAGGACCAUUGCCAGCAGAAGGAGGCGGACAGACAGAUUUGUGCAACCAACUUUCUCCACCGAGCUGAUCAGAUGUGCAGGCGACUCAUUUCUAAGGCUAUGACAUCAGCUUGUGAAGCUCAGGCAUCUUCAGAUGUUUUAAAGGAUCUUGCUAAGGAGCUGAAUGAGUUGAAGACGCACUUUCUGCAAGAGCUGAAGAAGGAAAUCCUUCAUCAAAUGUCUCUGUGCCCGGAGGAGCCAAUGAACACAGAAAAACUUCUGAUGACAGCAGCGAGAGCGUUUGACCGAGACACACAAGCACAGCUACAACAGAGAUUUUCUGGAAUGGUUUUUUUUUAGUCACAGAACCUCCAGCAACGGACAUCACCAACUGUUUACAUGAUGUACUGUCACAUGUACACUAUUAUUGAUUAUUUAUGUUCACUAUCACAGACUCAAAUCUCCUUUGUUUUAUUGAAUGAGUUUUAAUAACUCAUAUAGCUAUUCAAGUAAAGAAGUAAGACAAUAAAUAAAAACAUUUUAGUAAUGUGAUCUUAACAUUUGUUGUCUACCUUACCCUCUUUAAUUAAGUUAUUAUGAAGUAUCAAGAAGAAUAUAAAUGUAGCUCAAGUGAUGUUGGUUAUAAGCACAUGGCUGCUACUGGUCAAUGGAACAUUCUACUGAGUUUCUCCUCUUGGUAUUCUAUCAGGGUUCGUAGGGUCAUGAAAAACCUGGAAAAGUCAUGGAAUUUUAAAAUGGCAAUUUCCAGGCCUGGAAAAGUUUUGGGAAAUGAAUAAACUCAGAAUGUUUUGGAAAAGUCA